UGUUUAAAACUAAACUAUAAUUAAUAAAAGAAAAUAUAAACAUAUAUUAAACUAAAAUUAAAUUUUAUUAAAAAUAAAAACAAAAGUAUUAUUUGUUUAGAAAAACAAAAGUGAAGAAUAAAAUUAAACUACAACCUCAAAAUAAAAAGUGGCAGCAUCUACAACAACAAGCUGUUGGAAAUCUUUGGAAUUACGUACCCCCCCCAAAAAGUCAUCAGUUAAUGAGGCCUAUAACUAAAAUACCACAACAAUAAAAACACCUUUUUUUACAUACUACAACAACAACAACAAAACAAACAUAAACAAGACAUGGAACAUUUUCAUCAGAUACAGCAACAACAACAACAAACAAUUGAUCAGCAAACUUUACAACAUUAUCAGCAACAAUUGGUUGCACAGCAACAGCAACAAGCCGCUGCCGCAGCCGCUGCUGUCCAGCAACAACAACAAUUGCAACAACAGCAGCAGCAGCAUCAGCAGCAACAACAACAGGUUGUCGUCCAACAAAAUCAACAGCAAGCGCAUCAAAAUAACGCCAAUACAACGUCUGGUGUUGGCACCCAACAAUUGUUCACCUACAAAAUGGCCAGUAGUUUUCCAAAUCCAGCCACCACAAUGGCCCAGGUGGUGGCGACAUCGAAUGCAGCCGGCACACCCGCCUACGACUAUCGUCUAAAUAUGGCACAGGCUGCAGCAGCUGCUGCCGUGCCUGGUUCUCAGUGGUGGUAUUCGGCAGCCAAUCAGGGACAGAUCGAUGCUAAUACAGCCGCCCAAUUGCAACAACAGCAGCAACAGCAACAACAGCAGCAGCAACAACAGCAGCAACAGCAACAACAGCAGCAGCAACAACAACAGCAACAGCAGCAGCAACAACAGCAGCAACAACAACAGCAGCAGCAACAACAGCAACAACAACAGCAGCAACAGCAAAUACAACAGCAGCAACAGCAACAAAAUGCGAAUAAUAUGGUGCGCACUGGUACCGGCGGAGGAGGCGGCAAAGCGGAUGCCAAACCUCGUGGUCGUAUGACAGCCUAUGCCUACUUUGUACAGACAUGCCGUGAAGAACACAAGAAAAAACAUCCCGAUGAGACAGUUAUAUUUGCUGAAUUCUCCCGCAAAUGCGCUGAAAGAUGGAAGAUACUCAAAUCCACCGAGGAAGGAAAAGAUACAAUGGUUGACAAGGAAAAGAAACGCUUCCACGAAAUGGCUGAAAAAGACAAAGCUCGUUAUGAAUUGGAAAUGCAAAAUUAUGUACCACCCAAGGGUACCGUAGUGGGACGCGGCAAGAAAAGGAAACAAAUGAAAGAUCCCAAUGCGCCGAAACGAUCAUUAUCUGCCUUCUUUUGGUUUUGUAAUGAUGAACGUAAUAAAGUUAAAGCUCUUAAUCCCGAAUAUGGUGUAGGCGAUAUUGCCAAAGAGCUGGGACGUAAAUGGGCCGAUGUAGAGCCGGAGGUUAAACAGAAAUAUGAAUUAAUGGCUGAAAAGGAUAAGGCCAGAUAUGAAAGAGAAAUGACCGAAUAUAAAACAAGUGGGAAAAUUGCUAUGUCCGCCCCCUCUAUGCAAGCACAACAGCAAGCGGCGCAAAAGGCGGCCUUACUGGCAGUGGCUGCUCAACAACAGGCAGCCCAGCAAGCAGCUCAACAUCAUGAUGAACAUGAUGAUGAUGAUGGCGAGGGUGACGAUGAUGAAAAUCAAUAGAUUUAAAAAAACAACAAUAACAACAACAACAAAUAUUAUUAAUAUAUGCCCAAAAUGUUGCUUAUGAGAUAUACUACAAAAACUAAAACAACAACAACAAAAUGAUUACACACAUACAACAAAAAAUAAGAAAUUCACUAAUUCCGUUUGCUAAACAAAAGAAAUCUUGUUUUGUGCUUCAACACACACCAUCCCCGCCCCCGCCCCCUUCCUCUUUACUUUUUUAAGUUAAAAUUUGAAGAUUUUUUUUUAAUUUGAAAUGUUUUCUUUUAACAAUUUUUUUUUACCCUGUAAGCGUAAAAUUAACUCAAAAUACAACAACAAAACGAAAUUUUCAACCAUA